UUCAUCUGUCUAUAUGGUCACGUUGGUGAACGUAUUGUCAUUUGUGAACUUCGGAGGUGGUACAGAAUACAAGUGUGAACUCUAAUGGCGGUCGUCAUAGAGUCGGCUGCCGUUCAAUUAUCUUCGACUCUCAAUAGUUUGCCUAAAAUCCUGCCUUUUGCCUGAAGAAUAUGGUAGGAAGAAAGAAAAACACCACUGGGGCAACUGAGAAGAAAAUAGAUGUUAAUCUGGCAUGCGUGGAGGAGUUAACUUCGCUUGAUAGGAUCGGUCCGAGAAGAGCAGAGAGUAUUGUGGAGGCUCGGAAGCGUUUAGGAGGAUUCAGUUGUGUCGAUGAUUUGUGUAAAGUUAACGGCAUCACUACUGAAUGGCUUGAAUCGAACAAAUCCAGUCUAGGUUGUGUACCUUACAGUGUGAAGUCUCCACGGCGACCCAGACAAUCUACGGUGAACAACAGUAACGAAGUAAGUGAUGCUAAAGAAGAACAUCAGUGUAUAGAGACUUCCUCUUCUUCUUCUCUUUCUUCUUCUUCUACUGUUUGCACUACUUCAUCUUUUACUUGUGCAUCUGUACCUAAUACAAGUUCUUCGAAUAAUACUUGUUUUAGUUCUCCAUCUACAUCGUCACUAUCAUCUACUUGUACUAUUACUACUACCUCUCCACCGGCGACAACUACUAUUCCAACAUCAUACGCCAUCAAUUUUAAAUGGGACCCUUCUACAAGCAAGAAUAGGUCCUCCUCCACCUCAAGUGGCCUUCGUGUAAAUCGUUCAAGUGAGAAUCUGUGUAAUUUGGAAUGUUCUGAAGGUGCUAGUAGUGUAACCAGUACUGCGACCAGUUCUACCUCUGACCAAGACCGGCAGAUUUUGGUGGUCAAUGAAGACGCUUCUGAAAAUCCUCCAGCUGCUGAAGAUAAAAUGACUGUCCAAGUAUCCCAGAAGGUAACAACUAAUGAUAUUAUUCAAGCCGAUUCGGAUAAUUGGACUAACAAUAACCCCCCUGAUAAAUCCGAAGCCUGCUCUGCAUCAGCUAAUGAGGUGGGCAAAGGAGAAGGUGGGGAAUGUGAAACUAAUGAUGGUCAGAGUAAUGAUCGGAAUGGCUCAGGAGGAAGUUUAGAGAACAGUUGCAGCGAUGGUAAUUCUGGACUAGGGUCAUCAUUGGUCUCCUCUAUUAGUCCACAUCAAAGUUUAUUUUCUAGCCCUCCACUGAAAUCUCGUAUUCCAGUGCCUAUUCAUCAACACAAGGAUAAAUAUAUAAUGAAAAGAAAGCAAGACAUUGGUUGGCAAGAAGAGGAAGAAACAACACCAGGAAAAAAAUUCUGUCGUUCUUCAGCAGAACUCUUUAAUUCUGAUACUUUGCGCUCUCAUAACCUGUCAACUUUAAACAUGGGUUUUACUAGAAAAAAAAUUCCAUCAAAAAGCAACCCCCCUCCAGAACUUGCUCAAUGGUUACAGACAUUCCAGUCCUGGAGUAACCCUGAGCGAUGCUUAGCUUUAGAUGAGAUGAUAGAACUUUGUGAACCCACCCAGGUCAGACAUAUCAUGCAGGUUAUUGAGCCUCAGUUCCAAAGGGAUUUCAUUUCAUUGCUUCCAAAGGAAUUGGCAUUGUAUGUUCUAUCCUAUCUUGGACCAAAGGAUCUUCUCCGUGCAGCGCAGACUUGUCGUUACUGGCGUGUUCUUACCGAGGAUAAUUUACUUUGGCGGGAAAAAUGUAACGAAGAAGGAAUUGAUGAAUCUUUAGUAUUUGGAUAUAGUGUAAGACGACGAUCUCAGGGUAUGUUGAGAAGUCCCUGGAAAACUCUUUACAUGCGACAACAUCAGAUCGAACAGUAUUGGAGAUGUGGUAAAAUUCGUCCACCAAAACUCCUCAAAGGUCAUGAGGAUCAUGUGAUAACCUGUUUAGAAUUUUGUGGUAGCAGAAUUGUGAGUGGGUCUGAUGAUAACACACUAAAAGUUUGGUCAUCAUUGACUGGGAAAUGUUUACGAACACUUAUUGGUCAUACUGGUGGUGUGUGGGCAUCACAGAUGGCUGACAAUAUCAUUAUUAGUGGAUCUACAGACCGAACACUCAAAGUUUGGAAUGCAGAGACUGGCCAGUGUAUUCAUACUUUAUAUGGUCACACAUCAACAGUGCGUUGUAUGCACUUGCAUGAGAAUAAAGUUGUGAGUGGUUCGAGAGAUGCUACACUUCGAGUAUGGGACAUUGAUACUGGUCAGUGCCUGCAUGUUUUGAUGGGGCAUGUUGCAGCAGUUCGUUGUGUUCAAUAUGAUGGGCGACGGGUGGUCAGUGGAGCCUAUGACUACACGGUUAAAGUGUGGGAUCCAGAGACUGAAGCCUGUCUCCACUCUCUGCAAGGACACACUAACAGGGUGUACUCACUACAAUUUGAUGGUACACACAUAGUUAGUGGCUCUUUGGAUACGUCAAUCCGUGUCUGGGAUGUUGAGACAGGCACCUGCCUACAUACGCUCAUUGGUCACCAGUCGCUGACUAGUGGUAUGGAACUGAAAGAGAAUAUACUUGUUUCAGGCAAUGCUGAUUCCACUGUUAAAGUUUGGGACAUUCGCACUGGUCGUUGCCUUCAGACACUUCAGGGUCCGAACAGACACCAGAGUGCUGUCACAUGCUUGCAGUUUAACAAGAAAUUUGUGAUAACUUCAUCAGAUGAUGGAACUGUAAAAAUCUGGGACUUAAAGACUGGUGAGUUUCUACGGAAUUUAGUGACACUAGAGAGUGGUGGAAGUGGUGGAGUUGUAUGGCGGGUACGCUGCACCAACACCAAACUUAUAUGUGCUGUUGGCAGUCGGAAUGGUACAGAAGAAACAAAAUUAAUGGUAUUAGAUUUUGAUGUUGAUGAUCGGAAGCAACCUGUCUAAAAACAUAAUAUAUAUGUAUAU